AUGAAAAGCAUUGGGACCGGCGGUUUACCCAAGGAGCAGGAGCACGCUAUCAUUGUCUCCACCCUGAAACGGGUAAUCCGCGGUGGCGUUGGCACAGACAAUGCACCCUCCCAGCCACCGCCGCCGUCGACGCAGCUCCCAGCAACGGGUGGCACCGAUCAAGUCGUGAUACCAUUUUCGGAUUGUGAUGACACGUGUCAGGUAUGUAAGAUGGGGAAGGAAGAUUGCCUUGGCUGUGGAUUGUUCCCGCCAAGCGAGCAAGACACAGGUAAAAAGGUGAAGACGAGCAAGUACAGGGGAGUGCGGCAGAGACCAGGAGGAAAAUGGGCCGCGGAGAUUCGGGACCCGCGUCGCGCCGCUCGGGUUUGGCUCGGGACGUUCAAGACGGAGGAGGAGGCAGCCAGGGCUUAUGACACGAAGGCCCUCGAGUUUCGCGGAGCUGACAGAGCCAAGCUAAACUUCCCGCCGUCCUGGGACACUGGUACUACCAGUGGAGCAAUGGCUGAUGAGACCAAAGUCCAAACAAGUCCAGUCGGAGAGAGCAGCGCUGCUGAGGAAGAAGAAGAAGAAGAGAUGGAUCCGUGA